AUGCUUGACGAUGGAGCAGUCAUUGCUGUUAAAGUAUCGACAGAAAGGAGCAUGACCGUCGUUGGCAUUAGUGCGUGGGAUGCAGCAAGGAGAACGCUCUGCAUCGGAGAGCUAUAUGAGGAUGACAUGUUUUCCAACCUUGAGGGCAUCAUUGUUGCUACGAAUGCGAAGGAAGCUAUCUUUUGUGAAUCAGACUUUUCAGCGUUUGACAAGACGAAGCUAGUUGACGUGAUCGAAAAGUGUGGCGUAGCAAUGACUAUGGUGAAGAAACAAAAAUUCAAGUCGGACGACUUGCCUGUUGAUUUGGAGCGGCUCGCCGGCUCCCAUGUCGCUAUCACCAAGUAUUUAGACAAAAAGGCCGGCAUUUCAGCAACUGCAUCAUUGAUCGGAUAUCUGCAUCUGAUGGCUGACCCAUCUCUCGAGGGUAUCAUCAAGCUACAGGAGCUCGGCUCUACGAAUUAUAUGCAGCUCGACAAUGCGGCUGUUCGAGCGCUCAAUAUACUACCGUUUCCUGGAGAUGGUGGAAAAAAAGGAUCCCUUUUCGGUCUGCUGAAUCGCACGAAAACGUCAAUGGGUUCACGGCUUUUGCGUAGAUGGAUUUCCCAGCCAUUGCAAGAUAUUGAUGAGAUCAAUUCGCGCCUUGACGUAACGGCAGCCUUCAUUGCCGGUGCUGAGUGUUGCCGUGGAGUUCGAGAAACCCACCUCAAAAUGAUGCCCGACCUCAACCAUUUGUGCAAACGAUUCACAAAACAUCAAGGCGCGAAGGCGAAUCUCCAAGAUGUCGUGCGGCUUUACCAGUGUUCUAUACGCCUUCCAUUCCUUUGCGAGCUUCUCGAAGAUGCCGAGAACGAAAAAAUUCUCGGUGAACGAUACAGUGUACCCCUUCGCAAGUUAGUGCGAGAAUUAGUCAAUUUCGAGGCUCUGGUAGAAACAACCAUAGACAUCGAUAGGAUCGAUAACGGAGAGUUCGUCGUGAACCCAUCUGUUGAUCCUGAACUCCAGACGCUGCGCCAGCAACAAGACAGUAUCCUGGUCGACAUCAACGAUGAGCACAGGAAAGUUGCUCAUGCCAUUUCGGGCCUGAAGAAUGAUGCUUUGAAGUUGGAACGGAAAGACAACUUGGGCUACAUCUUCCGUCUUACGCGGAAAGAGGAAAAGUUGAUCCGUGGGAAGUCUCAGUAUAACGUGUUGGAAACUCGCAAAGAUGGUGUUCGAUUUCAAAGUCGAACAUUGCGUCGUUUAUCACAAGCGUAUGAAUCAAUUGCUACCGAAUACGAUGGUAGGGAAUUCGAAAUGCGCACUAAGGUUCUAGAAGUUGUCGGAACGUAUGUCGAAGUGUUUCUAGACGUGGCUGCAGUGCUAGCUGAAGUAGAUGUGGCAUCUUCUUUUGCGACAGCCGCAGUAGAAGCAAGGUCGGCGUAUUGUCGGCCCACAUUGAAACUAGCUGGAUCUGGUUUGGUGUUGAAGCAGGCCAGACAUCCCAUUGUUGAGGAGAACAUGGAUGACGGAGCGGAAUUCAUAGCCAACGACAUCGAUUUGACCCGCAUCCCAGACAAUGCCGAAAGCGAUAAGGAAGGAGGUGGUCUUCUGAUUGUUACUGGACCAAACAUGGGUGGCAAGUCGACAUACAUUCGUUCGGCCGGUGUGCUCACCCUCAUGGCGCACAUUGGAUGUUUCGUACCGGCAGAACAUGCGGAAGUACCCAUUACUGACAGGAUUUUUGCUCGCGUCGGUGCUGCGGACAACCCAAACCGAGCAAUUUCGACAUUCAUGUCAGAAAUGCUCGAAACAGCAGCCAUCCUGAAGUCAGCAACCCACAACUCGCUUGUGAUCAUCGAUGAACUUGGAAGGGGAACCGGCACAACAGAUGGAUACGGGCUUGCUUAUGCCAUCAGUUGGCAUAUUGCACAGAAAAUUCGAUCCGCUUGCAUGUUUGCCACUCACUUCUUUGAACUGACCGCUCUUUCUGAAGAUAGUCCAUGUGUUGGAAAUGUGCACGUAUCAGCCGUAACCGAUCCGAACACGAACAAGCUAACUUUCCUCUAUGAGGUUCAACGCGGUGCUUGUGACCAAAGCUUUGGUGUUCACGUUGCUGAGAUGGCUCGAUUUCCUCCGAAGGUAGUAGCAGAAGCAAAGCGAAAGGCCGACGAACUAGAAGGCAUCGGGACCGCUGGAAAGCGUGUGAAAAUGUCAAAUAUUUCAGAUGGGGACAAAAAGGUAGGGUUAGGAAUGGUUGAAGAGUUUCUCGAGAAAGUGAAAAAACUGCCGCUAGAUACAGAGGAGCAUAAGAAGUCUUCUUUGGCCCAAGCUCGCGAUUGGAGGAAGCGAAUCGUGGCUGAGAAAAAUCCAUACGUGAUGGCGUUACUCGAAAGUUCUUAGCUUGACCGAUGAGCCUGAACAAAGUAAAUCGAUUCCUCGAAAAUGUCAACUGGGGCGUCGCAUUUUCAUGCAUCCUCAAGGGAUUGAACCGUUACCACCAA